AUGCACUUUCUCAGGUCUUUUGUCAUAACUUUGAGCGCAGCAAAGGCAUUUGCGGCCACCUCUACAACAGCCGCAGCCGCAAGCUCAAUCACUGGAUGCCAUACUCAUGGAUCGGAUAUUUUCUGCUUCGAUAGAUCUGGUCAUGAGGUCCUGGUAUCGGUGACUGCAACACCAACGAGUGGAACACCCGCGCAGUACACUGGCUGCCACUCACACGGCGACGAAUCAUAUUGCAUGGAUCAAGAUGGCAAUGAUGUUCUAGUAAAGGAGCAAGAGUCCGAUGGAGAAGAGUCCGAAGAGCACGACCAUGACCAUGACCGUGACCAUAGCCAUGAACACAGCCAUGAGGAAUCUGAAGAAUCCACGUCGGGAGAGAAAACUAAUUGCCACUUCCAUGCUGGUGUGGAACAUUGUGUCGGCUCAGGAGAGUCCGAGGAAAGUAGCCAUCAGUCCUGUGGCAUCCAAACAAGAGACUACAAUGUGCCUCUGAGGAUUGGAACACUAUUCGUGGUUCUCAUUACCAGUGCGAUCGGUGUUUUUGCCCCUAUACUAUUAGCCAAACUGCCCUUUGCCUCCAUCAACUCCAUGGUAUCAACGGUCCUCAAGCAAUUCGGCACGGGCAUCAUCAUCGCGACGGCAUUUGUUCACCUAUAUACACAUGCUUCGCUCAUGUUCACCAACGAAUGUCUGGGUGAGCUGGACUACGAAGCGACUACUUCUGCAGUGGUAAUGGCUGGCAUAUUCCUGGCAUUCUUGUUUGAAUAUAUCGGCUACCGAGUUACUGCCGCCAGGGCCGCCAAAGCAGUCACGUCACCUUCGGAGCCUUCUAGCCCUGAGCAAUCUUCUCGCAAAGAAGAUGUUCCAUCUCACCCGCAGUCUACACUGGCACAAAUGGGACAUAGCCAUGGGGUUGCUCUUGAUCCAACCAGGCCAAUCACACAGUUUUCUGUAAUUGUCAUGGAAGCUGGUGUCCUGUUCCACAGUAUAUUGAUUGGUAUCACCCUGGUUGUUGCCGGCGACUCUUUCUAUAAGACACUUUUGGUGGUCCUUGUGUUCCAUCAAUUUUUCGAAGGCCUGGCACUCGGGGCUCGAAUUGCGACGCUCCCUGGCUCGAUCUUUCCGUUAAAAGCCAUUAUGGCCGCAGCCUUCGCUCUUAUCACUCCUAUCGGUAUGGCUAUUGGACUGGGCGUGCUGCAUUCUUUCAACGGAAAUGAGAAGAGCACUCUUAUUGCGCUCGGCACACUAGAUGCCCUUUCUGCUGGAAUUCUUGCGUGGGUGGGUGUUGUGGAUAUGUGGGCUCGAGACUGGGUUAUUGAGGGAGGCGAAAUGCUCAAUGCACCUCUAGGUAGAGUAUUGAUCGGUGGUUUAUCUUUGGUGACUGGGCUUAUUCUGAUGGGAGUGCUUGGUAAAUGGGCCUAA